AUGCGCGUCGCCUCAGUUGUCGUCUCCGCCUCCGCCUUGGCGGGCUCCGUCCUCGGCGACGGCAACACCAUCCGCAACGCCAUGAAGACCAUCGGCCGCGACACGGCGGCCCUCGGCGACGCCGUCUCGUCGUGGUCGGGCGACCUGCUGGGCGCGCUGCCCAUUGUCGGCAAGGCGGGCGGGCUGCUCGUCGCCCUCAAGCACGGCGCGCACACGGCCGACGUAUCGACACCGCUGAGCUUCGACGAGGCCCUGACCGUCGCCACGGCCACGGGAGAUCUGGCGUCGACUGUCAACAAGACGCUCGACGCCCUCGUCUCUGCCCGCCCCAAGUUUGAUCACCUGUUCGUCACGCCGCUCAUCCUCAUUACCCUUGAUGUCCAGCGCGGCGCCUCGAAUGACUUCAGCAGCAAGGUUGUCGGCAAGGUGCCUAAAGAGCUGCAGUCGAUUGCCAGGCAGCUUAUCAAGGGCAUCGAUGACAACUUUGGGGCGGCCAUUGACGCUUACCACUAG